GGGGGGAGGUCCAUCGCACGUCUUUUCUCAUAUACAGUAGGCAAUUUCACCUCAACGACUUCGUGGUCCUCUUAUGAUGCCUCCAAGCUAGCUCCUUGAUGCCUAACAACGUGUUGGAAGGGCUCCCCAUGUUGGGCACAGUCGCUAACUAACAACAGCUAAAGGAGGACAUACCAAGCUUGACCACUCAUUACUCGAGUACAACUCCUCACCCAAACUGAGGCUCAAACGAUUGGUUGCGAACAUUAUUGUGGGGCAUAAUCCCGCUCCCCGAAUUUAAGCGUCUCCAGCGGAGAAGGUGGGUGCUAUCGUACCGGUCCUCAGCCAUUCUCCCGGACUAUCAAUACCGUUCCGGACCUGUUUUUUUUUUUUCUUUCAUUUUUUUCUUUUUCCCCCUCCCCUCUUUCCCUCCGGUUUGUGCCUUCAUCCUUUGACUUCAAACUCAAUAUACUGGUACUUUACAGUACUGUAUCUCUUGUUUUUGUUGAUCCGGCACUACGGUCCGCUCUAUCGAUACCGAUAACGAGAUUGACAAAGGGGGAAAAUAUAAUCAAAGAAGAUGCAUUAUGAGACUCUUCCGACUUCGUCCCUGGCACCCUUUAUCCGACUCAAUAAUAUCUCCCUGAACGGCGUCGAGAUUGCUCGCAUUGGGGGCGAGCCAAUUGAUGCUGGGGUUGGGGUUAAGCAUGCUCCAACCGCUUAUGAUCCUUCACGUCCAUUCCUAAAUAUUGACGCGGAGCUUGUUGUUUGUGCUAAGACUGUCGAGGGGCAUGCUAAAGCUGACGUCCAUCUAGCUGAAGCAUUGGCCGCUGCUGGGGAGUUCACCCUGGCCCCUAGGGGUGCUAUAAUGGUAUUUUUGGUCAUGAGCAUGAGUACCGCUGCUGGUUUGGGAAUUGGUCGGAGUGGAGCUUGGAGUGAAUAUAUCAAGUUUCUUCCAGCCGUGUCGAUACCCACAACUUGGACUGAAACCGAACGGAAGCUCCUACGCGGGACGUCGUUAGAUGUGGCGGUGACAGCAAAGCUCCAAGCCCUUGAACAAGAAUUCGAGGAUUUCCGGGAGGCCACGAAGGAAAUCAAGUGGUGCCAGAAGGCCUGGUGGGACGAGUCAAAGAUGACCUUAAGAGACUGGCAAACAGCAGAUUCGUGGUUCAGAUCUAGAGUUUUGCAAUUUCCAAGGUUAGGGAUUGGGAUGGCGCCUGUUUUGGACUUCGCAAACCACUGCUUUGAAGCAAACUCCUACUAUAGUGUCGAUGAAGAUUCCCAUGUGGUCCUACUUCCGCGAGAAGAUAGAGCUGGCACUUUGAAACACGGGGAGGAAAUCACAAUCAACUACGGCCAAGAAAAAAGUGCCGCAGAAAUGGUGUUUUCCUACGGGUUUUUGGAUCCAAGCAAGGAUAUGGCUUUGUGGCUUGUAUUAGACCUCCAAGGUCUCCCAGAUGACCCGCUAGGGUUCGCCAAACAAGCAGUUUUCAAAUCUGCCCCAACGUUGGGGAUAUAUGACCUAGGACAUACCGUCGAAUGGGCAAGUCAUUUUAUAUGGCUAAUGUGCGUUAACGAAGAGGACGGUUUAUCAUUCAGGGUCCUGCAAGAGACAACUGGGGAGCGACAUCUUCAGGUACUCUGGGACUCGAAGGAGGUUGAAGAUAUCGCCAAGCUUGUGGAUCUUCUAGGAGAUAGUAGUUUAUGGCCGAUAUACCAGUUACGAGCUACAGCGCUCGUUCAAGAUCGUGUAGAAACUCAAUUGGCCCGACUGACGGAAUCUGAGGAAGAGAUAGCCUGGAUCACUGAUCAAGAAUCGUUCAAUAUCGGGUCCCAGGAGCUUCACGUAGCAACUAGGCUUCGAACGCUAGAAAGGGCAUUGUUGGAGAAGGCCCUCAAGGUACUUGAGACUCAGAAAGAAAGAUUGCUAGGUUCGGAGGUGGUACAGACCUAUCUGAUGCAGGUGCAGGGGAGCUCCGAAAUGUCAGAUGAUCCUGAAGCCCCUGACGACGAAGAUGACCUUUCGUGA